CGAAUCCGGGCGCGAUCGAGAUGGUGCGAGGUGCGAUGCUAUUUCUGCCAUUCAUCGCAAUAUGUUCGCUCACAUUACAGCCGACCUGUCACGCCCGGGACUUGGCUGGCGCGGGAUCGCAUGUCAGCCGUCGCGACGUGGAAGGGAAGAACGGUGACCAUCAUGUAGGUCAUUUGGAGGCCGCGGUGUCGGCGCCGACCGUUGGCGUCGAUCUGGAGACCGCGGCGACCGGCCACAAGGGCCAUUAUCACGAGUCCGGCGGUGGCCACAAACACGAGGCUCAUCAUCACGAGGAGCACGGCGGCAAAGGUGAGAAAGGCUACAAGAGUCAUCACCAUCACGACAAAGGCGACAGCGGUAAGCACGACAAGGAACACCAUUCCGGCCACCACGAGGACCACGGUGGCAAGAAGAAGGGCCAUCACGACGAGCACGAGAAGUACGGCGAGCACCACGAGGGUGAGAAAGGUCACAAGGGUGGCAAGUUCGGUGAGAAAAAGGGGCAUAAGAAAGGCCACAAGACCAAGGGCUACCACAACAAAUUCCACAAGGACGAGUAUCACAAGGAGCACAAGUUCUAUGAUGAUUACCAUAAGGGUGGUCAUCAUGAGAAGCACGGCGAUUUCCAUGGACACCACGAGAAGAAGGAAGGCCACCACAAGAAGGGCGGUCAUCAUCAUUCCGGCUAUCACGAAGAUCACCACGGCAAAAAGGGCCACCAUGACAAAGGUCAUCACGACGAGGCACACAAGGGUCAUCACGGCAAGCACGGCCACGAGCAUCAUGACGAGCAUCACGACACAUAUGGCAAGAAGGGUGCUCAUCAUUCCGGAAAGAAGUACGGCUAUAAGAAGGGACAUUAGGCUUGCACGUCCAAGUACGAUCGCGGAUCGAAGGAGGACCGCUCGAUUUACGGUUAUUGAUAGUUUUAUGUACCUUCUUAGGAGGGGAUUGCGUGACGGUGGCGCGCCGCGCGCAUUUCGUCCCAUACUUUAUAAAGCAAACGUUGCGAACAUCGUCACGUGCAGAGAAACCGCCCGUCUUGUCUCUGUUGCUUUCUUUGUGUCUCUCUCCCUCUCUCACUCUGUCCGUCUCUCUCUUUUUCGGUCUUAAUGGGUCGAAUAAGUUUCUCCUCCCCAGCUCAUAUUUGUCCCGGCAGCUACAUUACAGUCAAGACGGCGACGUGAUAUUACGCCUUAUCGAUUUUCCGCGAUUUAUUGCCGCCGUUUUUCUCGACGGCCUUUUACCACUUCCCAUCGCAGCCAACUAAAGUAAUUUCGCCGUUUCCUCCCGUCGCCUACACACUCCCACCCUAUCCUCUUUCACCAGACGAUUGACGAGAGAUAACGACUGCGUGGGGAUGGAUGGGCGAUUGUUUUCCGACCAGUGGUCUGUUCUUUUCAACUGCACUGCUACACUGGUGCAAUAAGCUAAAGUGAAAUAAAAUAUAUUUGUCUCACUCUAACUUAUUGCACCAGUGCAACAGUGCAGCUGAAAAGAACAGACUUCAGAUCGCGCCGAUCUCACGCACCAUCAUGGCGCACAACGUCGACGAGAUCGCGCGCGUCAUCGGUAUCAAUUAUUAAUGUCAUCGAUAUCAAUUUAGCUAAAAGAUCGCGUCGAUUAAACUCGAUUAUCCGUUUCGUAAUGUUCGCGCUAUCAUGGUUUCGCGUUAAUGUGGCUUUUUUCGAUUAAAUGUAAAGCUGCGUACGCCGUUUGCUCUGAGCGACGGUGAAUUAAUUUAGAGAGCACGAUAAAAAUGUGCUUUUUAGCGCGCGCGCCUCUCCAUUGUCGGAGACGAGAGUAAUGCACUGGCGAUUCCGUCGCGAUAUGAUAUGAAUUUUAAUGUCACAUAUAGCACAGGUCAUUAAUGCGCCAAUAAUUGAGGUUAAUCGAUUGGCCAACUGAUUGAAUUGAUUCCCGGAUAUUAAUGUGUCGCUCCACGGGAACGCGUUGCGAGUUGGCACCGUUAAAUUUGUAUGUAAAUACCGCGUAUAUCUACGUAGCUGCGGCGUUAUCUCACGCGAUGCUGCGCGACGCGACGCUACGUUACCCACAUUGUAAAACAUCGAAAUGCAAAUAUACUUUUAUAAUGUCACAUCGAGACGAUAUCUCGUAUAUUCGGAAACAAAGCGUGUGCGCGUGCUCGCGCUCGCACAUGCACGCCGUGCCGUCUACAAUUUACAGUAACAUUUGAGAGUAACGCGCUUCAAAUCGCGCUGUUUCCGUACCGUUAAAUUUCUCGAAAUAGCCCGACACGUACUGUUUCACAGUCUAUUACUAUCGCGAAGAGUGACGUUGCCAAUGUCGUGUGAAUGUCUCUCUUCCAUAUAAAGUAAAAGCAUCACUGCCCGAAUCUAUAACUAAUUUUGGACAUUCUUUUUGUUUUGGUCUUAAUAAAUACAAAUAUAUUAUAUAAUAUAUAUUUAAAUUUUCGACAUAAAAGAAAUACAUAUACAGAGUAUUCCAAAUUUGUCUCUUUCGUGGAAACAGAACAAAUUAAAGUGAACAUAAAAGUCCUAUAUCAUUUUGUUAUAUUCGCAAUAAACGUCGAGAUAUUAAUUAAAGAAGAUUAGUAAAUGAUCACGCGAUAUGUUAGAUGAGUUGUAAUGGCAUCGUUUGCCAUCGUAUACUUAUAUAUUAGAUCAAAUUGAACAAAAAGGUUUUUCACCAUUUUGCAAAUGACCAUAGAUUUUUGGAUAUUAAUAAGAAGAUUUGUAUAGUAUCACGCAAAAUCAUGUGACAACUUUCUUUCAUUAAUAACUAUAAAUUUAUGGUUAUUUGUAAAGUGAUAAAAAGAUUCUUUUUUGUUCAGUUUCGUCUAAUGUACAAGCACACAACAGCACACAUCGCCACUACAGCUGAUCUACCAUAUUGCCUGUGAUCAUUUGCCAAUCUUUUUUAAUUAAUAUCUCGACAUUUAUUGCCAAUAUCGCAAGACGAUGUAGGGCUUUUACGUUCACCUCAAUUAUCGGGAUAUUAAUUAAAGAAGAUUUGUGAAUAAUCAUGCGAAAUAUGGUAGAUGAGCUAUAAUGGCGACGUCUCUCAUUGUAUGCUUGUAUAUUAAGUCUAACUUAAUGAACAAAAACGUCCUAUAUCAUUUUUC